GAACGUUUUGAAAGUGCGAUAGCAGGAAGUGACGCACCCGUUUCCGGUCCGCUGGAUUAUGAAUGACGACGAACGCCGGUAUUUCCCAGACGCGUGACCUGCUGUUUCUUUCUCGGUCCCUGUAGAAGCUAGUGGUCCGCAGGAGGCGGCUCCCAGAAGCAGCCUCGGAAUCCCGGCUCGGGCGGGACGGGAAAGCGCAGGCGGCCAGCGUCGCCGGCACGCUCACGCACCCUCCCUGCCUGGCCGCGCCUCUGCGACCAGGUGAACCAAUGAAAGAAGAAAAUGAAAGGCAUUAAGAAAAGUCUUACAGAAGAAUAUCUCUAUCUGGACUUGUCUCAUCAAACAGAAGGAUGCAUCUUUCCUCUCCAUACAUCUGUAACUGUAUUUUUGUUGUUGUACUGUGACUGCAAAAUCUUUAAAGUUUGCUUGGUCCUCACCAGAGAAAGUACAGACAUUUCCCAAAUAAAAAAUGUAUUGCCCCAGGAUGUCGAAACACAGAUUAUUUCAAGGGAAGAGCUUCCAUCAAUAGUCCAGAAUUGUUGUUUACCUGCAGCGGUGGAAAGACCAGGCAAUUUUUGUAGAGCAGGACUGGCUGUUGUAUUAAGACACAUAAUUCAGAAAUCAUAUGAAGCUGAUCCCUCAAAGAAGGAAAUUUUGGAACUACUGGGUUUUAAAAAGACUUGCUUGAAAGCCUGUGCUGAAGUUAGUCAGUGGACCAGGCUUUGUGAGCUCACCAUCCCUUCGGCUAUUGAGAAUUUCAUCAGAGAGUCUUCUGAACAGCCCUCAGCAAUCCCUGUAGAAAUAUUACAGCUAGAGAAAAAACUCAGUGAGCCUGUCAGAGUGCACAAUGACGACAAACUCCGUAGGCAGAAGCUGAAGCAACAGAAGGCUGCUGGAGUUGGACUUUCCCUUGCGAAGGACAAAACAAAGAGCAAAGCCUGUAAUCAGGAAGCAUCUGAAGAGUUGGACUCUCCAUCCAAGAGCCUGGAACUGGAAGUGGCAUUCUCAAAGCUCACAGCACAGGAGGAUCCAGCCUCUGCCAACAGGGAGCCUUCUCACAUCAGAAAAGUGAAAGCCUCUGACCUUCCACCUCUGGAGCAUGUGUUUGCAGAAGGGCUUUACUUCACAUUGGCAGAUAUCGUGCUCUUGCCUUGUGUCCAUCAUUUUUUGGUAAUUAUCUGCAAGAAACAUUCUGAAAAGCUGGUAGAAUUUCCAUUGCUGGCAUCUUGGUACCAGAGGAUUCAGGAAGUGCCAAAAGUAAAAACAGCAGCUUCUAAGUGUGGAAUUCAAUUUCUGGAUCUACCAGAGUUGCUGACCACCUCAAAUGAGCAGCAUCCAAAUCUAAGUGAGGUCCCAGGUGUAGAGGAGCAAAGUGAUCCUUCAUUUAUAGGAGGACCAAGACCAACUAUGACCAAGUUAAUGGAAAAAGGCAUUGAAGUGAUGUUUUCUCCCCAUCCAUGUCCUACCUGGACCCUUGAUUGGAAUAAUCUUCCUGCAGCUGUGAGCCCAAAGGAAGGUGAGUUUUUUCUUUCUCCCUUUAAAUUUUACUCACAUUCUGGAUACUCUCUUUAGAUCUGUCUUUCAAUUCUCUUAAUUCUUUCUUUGGUGAUAGCUAAUAUUCUGUGUAUACUAUCCAUUGAGUUUUAACUUUUAUAGUUAUUAUGAAAAAGUUCAGACCUACACAUUACUCAUAUUUGAUAUUUUUCAUAUUUUGCUAAAUUUGCUUCAUCUACCCCCCCCCUUUUUUUUUUGCUUUGCUGAAGUAUUUUAAAGCAAAUCCCAGACAACACAUGUCAUCCUUCAGUAUACAUAUCUAAAAAUUAUUGAGUCUUCUUACAUAAUCAUAAUGCCAUUAUCACAUCUAAUAAAAAUUAAUAAGUUUCUUAAUCAUCUAAUACCCAAUCCAUAAUCAAUUUUUUCCAAUUGUUUAAACAAAUGUUUAAAAAAUACCUUUUAAAGUUAGAUUUUUAGUUAAAUAAUUAUAUUUUUCAUUUCUACAAAUGUAUUCAGUUUGCUCAUUUUUGGUAACAUUCUUUCCCUUGUUUAUGUUUCAGUUUCCUCUUUUUAUAAUUUUUAUACAUAGUUAUUUCAUUUUCUGUAUUUGUUACUUCUCAUAGCUGAUGUUCAUAGAGGUCUAAUUCUGCUGUUUGUUGUUUCUGCUGAUUUUCACUCCUAGUGUCUUAUUUCCUUAGGAGUUUUGUAGUUUUAGAUAGUGAAUUCAUUUUUUUGGGUUAUCUAAACCUGUGGGAAUCCUGAGAGGCCUGGUUAAGAAUAAAUUAGUAGAGAAAGAAUUCAUAUUUGCUUAUGCCAGGGAUCCCAAGGAACUGGAACUUAAGACCACUUACCAUUCGCUUUUGAGCUUGAGAUUUCUUCAACUUUUCACAUCUGGAGCUGAGUUUUAUACAGAUAAGUUACCUUACUUAUCAUCUUUCUUUGCUGAAGGGUGGCAACUAUUUUUUAAAAUACAUCUCUUCAUAGAGAAUAUACAUAUUUUUUCUAGCAUUCUGGUUUCAUGUAGUAAUAUUUGUUCUAACUCCACCAUGCCAGGGAUGAAGGACUAGCCUCUCUACUUUUCCCUGCUAUUAAAGUCUAGGUCUCUAUUAGCAGAUAUCUUCAGGGCCCGUGGUGACUGUUCAGAUUGUUAUACUGAUUUUCAGUUCCUUCAUUUUUUAAGGCCUUAUGGAUUUUUCUUACUGUCAGAAACCCAAUUAUGCAUUAAAAAGAUGCUUAUGGAAUUUUAAAUACUAUUUUAGGUGUAAUUUUCAAAUGCUCUUUGAAAUAAUUUACCUUCUUUUUUCAUAUUCUCUUCUGUGAUACUUCCUAAUAUUGCCUGUAUCACACCCAUCAGUUCUAUUCUGCCAAUCAAGGAAAUGAUUUUUAAUUAUUAUAAGUAAUUUGGAGAUUGGUGUUUUAUUUUAUGGCAUUAAGAUUGUAAUACUUAAUACUUAAAUUCUGUCUAUUGCAACCUUCCCCAUGACCUUCAUGAAUGAGAUAAAAUGGGAUACAAUGGAACAAUGGGAAAGGAAAAUAAAGAACUACUUUAUAGUUAGCUGGGUGUGGGCUGCAGGCUCUAAUGUAGAAAAUUCGGCCAAACUAGGGUAGAAUAUGUGGAGAAUCAGCAUUCCCCAAACACAUUAAGUGUUAGACUACAGUGGUCAUUGGUAGAUUUCUCUUCCCACAAAGUCUUAGCUCUUAUCGUAGUUUUCACAGAAGGAAUAGAAAACCAAGUCACACCAAUAUAUUGUAACAAUUUUCUUAAACAUACAUUGACCUCUCCUACUAGAAAAUGUGGCCUAAUUAGUGUCCUGGAGCCUCAUUAAUUAAUUAAUUAAUUAAAUAUUUUACUCACAGCCUACUGGGCACCAGAUGCUGUGCUAGGUUCUGAGCAUUUAGCAGCAAACCAGAUAAAGUCCCUGCUUUUAUAAGGGUGUCCUACAAUAAAUUUUAGUAGGAUUUUUAUUCUGGGGAGAAAGUAAUUGAAGGAGUAGAAAUAUAAAGGAGGCAUCUUUUUCUUUCAACUUUUAUCAUGACAAUUUUCAAACAAACAUAAAAAAAUAGUAUAAUGAAUACUCACAGACCUACCACUAGAUUUAGUAGGUAACAUUUUGCCAUAUUUUCUAUAUAAACACACACAUACCUUUUUUUUUUUUCACCAAAUCAUUUCAGAGACAUCAGAACAUGUCACCCCUUAAUUCUUUUAGGUACCUCCAAAAAAUAAGGACAUUCUCCUAGUAAAUGAGCAGUAAUUCCUUAGUACAAUCUAAUACUCAGUUUAUAUUCAAAUUUUCUGAAUUAUGACUAAAAUGUCUUUUAUAACUUUUUUUUUUUUUUACCCAAGAUC